CGCGGCAGCAGCAGAACGGAGCGCGCGAGUACAGGACGUCAGGUCCGCACUCUUGUUAUGUAGCGUCUCGAGAGGCACAACUGACACCAUGGCGGCGGAGAAUCGGCAGCUGCGGAUCUUUCGGGGCAGAAUAGGCGUCUGUUUUCUGUGAAGAAAAGUUUUAGUCGACAACAAAUCUCCGGUUCGGCGCGCGCGCGCCCUUAGUCGGGUAGCUCGCGCAUCUGCAGCCUCGUUCGCCAGUCGCCAUCGUGCGCUUCACGCCGCCGCUAAGCUAGCAGCGGCGGCUAGCUUGGCCGGGAGGGGGGGGGGGUUUCUCUUUUCGGCGUGGGGCUGGUGUGUGGGUGAUGUUGUCCGUGCUGUCGUACGGCAGACUGGUUGCCAGAGCUGUCAUUGGCGGACUCUCUCAGACUGACAGUCGCGACUACAGCCUGGUGACUGCGAGCUGCGGCUUCGGCAAAGAUUUCUGCAAAGGCAUCCUGAAGAAAGGGACGUGCUACGGGGACGACGCGUGCUUCAUCGCCCGGCACAGGUCCGCCGACGUCUUGGGUGUAGCGGAUGGAGUAGGCGGCUGGAGGGACUACGGAGUAGACCCGUCGCAGUUUUCGGGGACACUGAUGAAGACGUGCGAGCGGCUGGUGAAGGAAGGACGUUUUGUACCCAGCAACCCGGUGGGAGUCCUGACGACCAGCUACUACGAGCUGCUGCAGAACAAAGUGCCUCUGCUGGGCAGCAGCACGGCCUGCAUCGUGGUGCUGGACCGGCAGAGCCACCAGCUGCACACGGCCAACUUGGGAGACUCGGGAUUCCUGGUGGUCCGCGGGGGCGAGGUGGUCCACCGCUCGGACGAGCAGCAGCACUACUUCAACACGCCCUUCCAGCUGUCCAUCGCUCCGCCGGGAGCCGAAGGGGCCGUCCUCAGCGACAGCCCCGACGCAGCCGACAGCUCUUGCUUCGACGUGCAGCUCGGCGACAUCAUCCUCACCGCCACCGACGGGCUCUUUGACAACAUGCCCGAUUACAUGAUCCUGCAGGAGCUGAAGAAACUCAAGAACUCAAACUACGAGAGCAUCCAGAAGGCGGCCCGGAGCAUCGCGGAGCAGGCCCACGUGCUGGCUUACGACCCCAACUACAUGUCGCCUUUUGCUCAGUUCGCCUGUGACAAUGGGCUGAACGUCAGAGGAGGAAAGCCAGAUGACAUCACAGUGCUGCUGUCUAUAGUGGCAGAAUACACCGACUAGAGGCUGUGGGAGGGAGGAGGGGGCGGCUUUGAUUCCUGCUGGUCAGGAUGAAGGACUGAUGACCGUUACUCUCCCCCCCCAGCGCAUAGGCUGCCUCCACUUUGCCUCAUCCCACUGCUGACCAUCCCCCCCCCCCCACAUAAAACUUCCUCCAUGCCCACUUCUGUGAUUGUGUCCGUUGAGAGUGGCUGAGAGAAGGGGAAGGAGGCCUGGCUGUCGUGUUGGCGUGCUUGCAGUGUCCGAGUGCUCACUGGGUAAUCCCAUUGACGGGGAUGAGCAAGUCAUCGGGCGCCGUGGAGAUGAGGAUCCCGGCUGACAUGGACAUGCCAUAGUUCUCUGGUGGGUGGCUCUGGACAGGAGGGGAAAGUGGGUGGAGACGGGAGGUGUUCAGACUGUUGAAGCAGGCCCAUGCUGGGCAGCUGGAAGGUAAAGAUGGAGUCCAUCAGUUGUGUCAGGAAGGGACGUGCACGGGAGAUGGCAGCGUUGGGGAUCAAUAAAUCGGCUGCCUCGUGCAGGCAGAUGUUCCUGAUGAUACAGUAGUAUUUGUAAAACCUCCGUCAGAGGGCUCGGAACAGGGAGCAUUGUGUUUGGUAAUAGGAAAGGAUCGGUUUGCUGUUCUUGGAUGUUCAGAUAAAAUAUUUGCAAAGUGUUUUAGUAUCUUGGGUGAUCUAAUAAUAAGAUUUCAAGAAAGAGAAGCCCUUUCCUUUUCCAAACCGCUGUGCUGGUUUUUAUGUCCUCGUCAAAUAGACGUUGGUUGAGACCCUUUAAUCACAGCUGCGGCUGAAGUCUUAAUUGCGAGUACAUGUGAUGCGUCCGCAUGUUCCCACUGCCUUAAAAGCACAAAACUUAAUAUAUAAUUUUCAUAUCAUAAAAAGAUCAAUUUGUGUAUUUUGGUGACUGAGGGAUUGUUGAAUUUUUCGUACUGAUCAGCCCUCGGUUUCCUUUCCUUUUGCUGCAGAGCUCCGAUGUUCCGUUCCCAUUACAUCAUUCCAGAUCUGCACUGCUACAACCUUUGGUAACGUUCUAACAAAGUGCCUUGAAUCAGGUGUUGUUGAUGCUGGCAAACGUUCAUAAUUCUUCAAACCCCAGACAGCGUGCCAGGCAUCCUGAAAACGUUACAUAGUGUUGAUUUUAAUGUGCUCCUCUGCACUCAGUCAGGAAUUAAGGAAUAGUGUAAAGCCAUCUGCAUGCUUAGACGUUCCUCCUGCCAUGUCAGGUGCCAUUUUGAAAUGGGAUAGUAAGUGAUCAAAUUGUCUUUUGUAGCACUGGACAAUCCAAGUAGCCUUAACAAUAUUACGAACCUCCCAAUGAGAUGGUGCUCCCUGACUCGUACGUGUCCUGACUUUGUUUUCCCCGUCACCUUUUCCUCUCCCAAACCCUUUGUGGCUGUAUAUACUGGGUAUACAAUUCAAUGAAGAUCUGUAAAAACAUUUUCAAAUCUGCACAAUAUUUAAUUAAAGAGUAUAGUAUUUAUUA